AUGCAAGCCUUGCCGACAACUCUCCUCUUGACCUGCAUGACGCGGCAAGAGGACAACCUUGGAGGCGAAAACUUCGAGUUAAGUCUUCGCAAUGGCCCCACAGCCUAUCACACAGCGGAACCCAUUCAUUUAUUGGUUGUCGGCGGGGGCGGUGUCGGCAAAUCAAGGUUGCUGCGACACGCACUCCAGUUUGGCAUCGAGAAUAAGAUGACUUCAUAUCCCCCUGCAAGUGCUCGGAGCUGGUCGGCUAUCCCUGGCGUCAGCUCUCCGCUUCAACCUGGAGUCGUAGCGCAUGAGCUGUCGCUGUGCAUCAGGGUUCCUGUCGAUAGCAGUAGAAAAAUCGCCAUUCAUCCCGCAGAGUUGGAAUUCCUGAGGCGGCAACGAAGACCCGUUAUCGUUAUCUUCACGCAAUUUGACGGUCUGGUGUAUCGAGUAGACGAAAUGAUGAACCUAUCAGAUGCUGAGGAAUCACCCGAACAGUCAGCACUUCAACAAGUAGAAGAAUUGUUCUACAAGACGUGUCAGCAACCGCUGGCCGAUAUCAAGCCAUCCGUAUCGUUUGUUCGAACGUCAAGACUGGACCAGGACGAACUCACCAUCACAGAGGCAGAAAACCUUCAAGGCUUAUUAACGGCAACGCGUUACUUGAGCUUGGAGUACAUCGAGCGAAGAUCCGCAGAAAUACCCGGGCGAAAGCAGCAAGCAGCUGAGCGUAUUCAGAUGGCCAUCGCAAUGGCAAUGGAAGUUUAUUCUAGCGCCGUCUUGAGCUGCAUUUCGUUGAGUAGUUUGGUUACCAUCCUGGGGAAACUACACCGUGAUACGACUCGCGCUUGGGACUUCAAUGACCCGUUCGUUGUAGGUACCGAUGCUGGUUGGGACAUGAUGCUUGACCGACUCCAGAAACGGGACUCUCCAGAAAUCAUUUCCGAAGUCCAGGCUCUAUCUUCGGCACAAAGCGUCUUGCAUUGGGAUUCCGAAGCGUGCCAGACAUCAUGGCUAAGUUGGCUCGAUAGAUACCAGAUUAUCCUGGGCCUGGCGUUCGGGGCGUCGGUAACAGCAACUUUAGGCCGCGUUGCAGCGCUGCUUGCGGUCGUAUUCUGGCUCGGACAGAUUGCCAUCCGUCUCAAACGGCGCUUACCGGAGACGACACGGACCUUCCUUGAAUAUAGCAUCCACUUAAUCCUCCUUGUUGACCGGAUAUCCUACGACACGUCCACGAGCCCGGCGCGUCCACUAAGCGAGAUGGACUUCGAACGAGCUAUAAGCGAGUACAAGGAGUCUGAGGCAGCUGCGCAGGUGCAAUCCGCGGUCCAACGGUUCAUCGACGACGGGUCCACUUCUCUCUGGCGGAUGCUGCGUGGUUGGACGGGAGGGCGAGCGGAAGAACUGAUGCAAGGCCUUCUGCUGAAAUGGAGAACCGAAGCCGAUAGAGGGGCUAUGUCUACAGAUAUUCGUCACCAGUUAUAG